AUGUCCCUGCACCCCGAAGUUGAAGACUGGCUUGGAAAGUACCCCGAGCCCCAGGGCAUUGCUCCCAUCGUCCAGAAGGAGCAGGUUCUGGAGUGGCUGCAGAGCGGCGAUAACAAGGAGAUGAUUAUUGAUCUGCGAAAGCACGACUUCAAAGGCGGCAAGAUUAAGGGCGCCCUGUGUCUCCACUACACCGGUGUCUACAACUCCAUUGAGGACAUUUACCAGCUGUGCAAAAGCGCCGGCAAGACCAAGAUCAUCAUCCACUGCUGGUCGUCGCGACAGCGAGCUGUCAAGACCGCCGGCUGGUUUUUUGAUAUCCUCAAGGCCCACAACGACGACUCCAUCGAGGUGUUUGUGCUGGAGGGCGGCAUCAAGGGCUGGGUCGAGGGUGGAAAGAAGUACACCGAUCUGAUGAUUGAGUUUGAGCCUACUGCUUUCUGCUAG